AUGAAGGAAAGUAAUGGAAGGAAUGAACACUUUAAUAUAACUGGAUCUUACUAUAGGAUACUAUCAGUAUCAACCAGUGGAGUGUAUAAUGUAUCAGUUUAUUAUCUCAACAAUGGAUCAAUAUAUGGACCUGCUGUACACUAUCAUUCACUGGUUGAGAUUAUAAUCAUUAACACACCAUCACCUUCUAAUACACUAUCUACAAUCAAUGCAAUCAGUAGUGAGUCUAUUGAAGCAACACUUUACCAUACAUUUCCUACUACAGUAUCAACAGAGCAUACUCCAAUGAUGGCAGCUACUCCAGACAGUACACCAAUGAUACAAUUGUUAUAUACUGUAUCCUCAGUAGUGGGAUCAGUCAUCCUCUUCCUAAUAGUGACAGUAUCAAUAAUAAUUGUUGGGUUUUGGAUUAGAAGAAGGCCAAAGAAAAAUAAUGAAUUAACUCAAGAGCUGAUUACAAAUAAUCCAGCAUAAUACUGAAG